AAGCGAGCGAGUCUUGAAUUUUAAGUUUUCACAAAGUUAUAGCGAGUGUGAGUGAAAUAAGGGAAUCUUUUCUAAUGAUCGGUGUUUGGUUGAAGUGAAUGUUCCUGAAAGCUUGGAGCAAUUAGCGAUUGUAGGAGCAUCGAUUUUUAAGUGCGAUGGGGCGAAAAGUCGACAAGAUACGAGAGAAUUCCUGUACACACAACUGACAGGAGCCAAUGUUGAUAAACAUGUUGACUUCUAGGCGGUGGAUAGAUAUUCGUGAACUCGUCAGUCACAGUUAGAUUAUAAUACCGAAACAUGUCUUCAUAGGCUUCUACUAAACUGUGAACUAUAGACAGAUUCAACGAACCAGUACAAAUUUAUAAUCUUUGAACAUCUCUGGCCUGUGGAACCGAUGUCUGCUGUGACUCUCAGACCGACCACAAAUCAGGAACCGACUUACUAAACUGUGAACUAUCAAAACAGAUUCUUACAAACUGGUUAAAAUUUAAAUUCUCUGAACAUCUCUGGCUUAUGGAACCGAUACCUCCUGUCACUUUCAGACUCUCAGACCUACCGCUAUAUCAGGAACAGAUUUAAAUGGAACUAAAAGAAGCUUAGUGUGAUUGCAGGAGAUUUAGGUGUUAAUUUGUUUUGACAAUAGAGUUAAGUCUCUCCUUAUUACUGAUAGUGAAUUGCAGGAUUUGUCUCAUUAACAGUGCCAGUAGGGUAAUCUAGUUCUUUAUUUCUGAAAGACUUACCUGUUUUUUUACCUUUUGGCAUUAACUUUGAAGUCAAACAAGGUUUUUUUGAUUAUGCCAAGAUCUAAGAUAGUGUUUUUGACUUAGUCUUAAAAGGACAAGGAAAUUUAGUCAUCAAAAAAUAUUUCCUCUAGCUUAAAGUUUCGCUUAUUGAAUUUGUUAAAUGUGUAAGCAAACAUAGUUUUUCAAUUGUGUGUUUAAGGUAUUCAUUGUGCAUAAAAGAUAGUUUUACAUUGUGAAUGGGUUUGUACAAUUUAUACUCUCGGUCUUUUGAACAAUAUAAAUAUAAUCUGUGAAACACUGAACAAUGAAUUGAAGACAUGGACAGACGUUUCUUGGUUGUGACUUUUUAAUUUGUCAAAGUGCCUAUUUUAAGAUUACCCGAUUUCACAAUGCCGUCCAAAAGACAAUACGAUCUCGUUUCUGAUGAUGGAUAUGAUAGCAGAAUUCCACUACACAGCGAAGACGCUUUCACACACGGACUUACUUUUCCUGCCAAGUAUAUUGGUACCUUAGAUGUCCCACGACCCAGUAGUAGAGUGGAGAUCGUGGCGGCGAUGCGUAGAAUUCGUUAUGAAUUUAAAGCCAAGGCCAUUAAAAAGAAGAAGGUGACCUUGACAGUCUCCACAGAUGGGGUCAAAGUUCAAAUCCGUAAGAAAAAGAAAAAAAAUUGGACAUCGUUUGAUGAGAGUAGAUUAUUAAUUAUGACCCACGCAAUCUAUAGGAUUUUCUAUGUAUCCCACGAUUCCCAGGAUUUAAAGAUAUGGAGUUAUAUAGCUAGAGAUGGACCUAGUAAUGUAUUUAAAUGUAAUGUCUUCAAGGCCUAUAAAAAGAGUCAAGCGAUGAGAAUAGUUCGUACAAUUGGUCAAGCGUUUGAAGUUUGUCACAAGUUAAACAUACAUACAGCCGGUAACGAUGGUCUGGACGAGAGAUUUGAUGAAGAGAAACUAUCGAAUAAAGAGAAAGAAUUAGAAGAUAAAGAGAAUAACAAGAAGGAAGAAGAAGAACAAAAAGAAAUAAAAGCUACGCCUCCGUCAGAUUUAGCUCUGACAAAAACAUCCCAGAGUUCCGUUAGAAACAGUUUAACGUCUCCCCUAGCUUCUCCGGUGAUGCUCGGUGAUUACGAUGAUAAACCACAAUAUCCACUCAGUUCCCAUCAUCAGAUGCAGUUACUACGACAACAGCUGGAACAACAACAGCACCAGACGCAGGUCGCAAUCGCCCAGGUUCAUCUCUUGAAAGAUCAACUUGCUGCAGAGACAGCUGCUAGAAUAGAAUCACAGGCACGUGCACAUCAACUUCUGCUACAUAAUCGUGACUUGUUAGAUCAUGUGACCCAGCUUGUUGGUCGGGUGAAAAAUUUAGAAUUAAAGGUGAUGGGUGUUUCAUCCUCCUCAUCCUCGGAUAUGAUUUUUCAUACUCCUCCACAGUUUGUACCAUCUUUACCUGACCCUACGACCCCUCGCUGUGGACCUGUUCACCUACCAUCAAUGAGAGAUAUGGACAACUCGUACCUGACCUCAAUAUCAAAUAGUUCCACCUUCGAAAACACCAAGGCGGCUCUAGAAGCGGAAUCACCUGAUAGUGGACAUCGUGAAAUGUCAUCGGAAAGUCUUUCGUUCAAUUUAUCUAAUUCCGACAACAGCGGUUGGAAUCCUGCUUACAACCCUGCUGCAGACGGUGUCGUCUUGCGUAGGAAUAUCAAGCCAAAUCCCUUCUCAUCAUCUUUUAACAGUGAUAAUUACGAUUCAAAAGAUUCAAAAGAAAAGACCAAGAUCAUUACGCCAAUACCACUUCAAGAUGCAAGUGGAAAUCGGUUGGAUUUUAACAUCAACACUACACCCAAAAAAAUAGAUCCGCCACCUCCUUCCUUUAAAAGACUUCAUCGUUUAUCACAAAAUGGCGGCAUUAUGAAUGGAAAUUAUUCUGAACCAAACGGUCAUAUGAUGACAGAUAGUGACUAUUACUCCACCUAUAACAGUAGUCAUAGUAACGCAAGUAUUAUACACAAUUCAGAUGCUCGUUCAUCAUAUUCAGAUAAUCGUGAGCACAAUUCAAACGGUGUCAACAAAAACCCACAGGAAAGUUGUGUCAAUGAUUUGACAGGAAAUAGAUCGUACAUGAAGCAAGCUGAAUGGAAUUCUCGCAUCAGUUACACAUCGGACGACAAUAGUGAUAACUCGGAUGAUUCUAACGGCCAAUCAAACAGAACCUCUCGUAGACUUGAUUCUAUGACGCUAGAUGAGUUCGAGGCUCUUGAAAGUUAAAGACAGUUGAAACAUUUGGACGUGGCACCAAAUAACUUUAACGUUUAAAGUUUUUUGUGUUGACUUCAUGCAAAUUGCUUAAUAUACCAAUCAGAUGUCUUGUCUGUCAGCUUUUGAAUAUGAUUGGUCAGAAGAAAAUGGUCUUUGAAAAUGACACAAUCAGUUAACAUAUUACAAUGCAAUAUUGCUUUCAAUGGCCGCAAAUGUACAAACAUUCUAAAAGUAACGCCAUUAUAACAUUGCUGUGUAAAGAUUAACGUAAAAUAUGAAAAAAAAUGGAUGUUUUUGUUUCAGUUAAAAACAAUUUGUGUUGAUUGGUGGAUCAUAUCAGAUGACACGUGGCAUACUACUAUGUAUCCGUUACAUGUGAUGUACAAUGCUGUGGUCCUCUAUAUCAAAUACAUACGUACAGUGGAGCAGAACUUGAUACAAUAUAUAAAUAAGUAUAUAAUACUUGAAACCUCUAUAUCAGAUACGUGUGUACAGUGGUGUGGACCUCUACAUUAAAUACAUGUGUACAGCCGAGUUUAAACUCAUCCGUACAGUAAAAACUCUAUACAAUAUCUAAACAAGUAUAUAAUACUUUACACCUCGGCGUACAUACAUGGUGGGACAUGUUGAAUAAAUCACAAAAAGAGAAUUUAACCAAUACCUUUGUAGAUAAGGUUGGGACAUCUUUCUGACGUCGAUUUGAUUUCAAAUUGGUAGUAAUGGAAAUAAAAGCAACAUUUCACCCAACUGUUGAUUUGCCCAAAAGUUGAUCUCUGAAAUUUGAGGAUUGUUAGCAUUCAGGAAACAAAUGCAAACAAGCUGGAAUAUUAUCAGAAAACAUUUAGUGAAUUAGUAUCGUGGAUAUCUCGAAUCACAAAUCCACUGACUUCCUGUAGUUGGCAUAUCAGACGUUCACAAGACACCCAGCAGAAUUUAACUUUUCGAUUGGUUGGAUAUAAAAACUUUCAAAAUGAUUUUAAAACUUUGAUGAAGAUAUGAACUGUCACCUGUGAACUAUGACCUGUGACCGUCUGCUGAAGAUGAGAUUGUUACCAGCUAUCUGGACAAUUAACAAACACCAGAUGUGUGUUGGGUACUUUUGGAAUUCUGAAUAUGAUUCACUAGAUCUUGAUGUAUGAUUGGGCAUAUUCCCGGUCGGGUGUUUGGCAACUUGCAUAGGACGUGUCCGGCAUAUAGCCAUUAACAUCGAUGGUUGGGUGUCAGCUGAUAUUUAGAUCGUUAAAAUUGUGAUAUUGAAAGUAGGCUUCCAUCUUGUAGCACUGAACUAUGAAAACGUCAAGAGUAAAAAGUGAAUAUUUAUAAAUAUGGAAUAACGAAUAUCUUUCCUGCAAGUAUCUAUUGACUGGAUGUUUUUUUCUUUUUGUAGAUUGCGAUUGGUAAAUACUACUUGUGAUAUUUUUAUGCAAGAUUGUGUGGUAAGCCUGGGAAGUGUAAAUAGGGCUUGAUAAGCCUGGGGAGUGUACAUGUAGAUAGGGAUUGUUAAACAUGGGGAGUGUAGAUAGGACUUGAUAAGCCUGAGGAGUGUAGAUAAAGGUUAAUAAGCCUGGGGAUUGUAGAUAAACCUGGGGAGUGUAGAUAGGGCUUGAUGCCAGGGGAUUGUAAAUAGGACUUGAUAAACUUAGGGAUUGUAGAUAAGGGAUGGCUCCAUUGUUGACCGGUACGAAUGUCGCCUUUAUAUUAUAAUUUACAGUCCCUGUUCUGUAUUUUCUUUUAUGUUGAUUUUUGCGGUGCGAUGAUCUGUUGUAUGAAUUAACGUGGAUUUCUUCGUCUUUACUUUUUUUUCAUAUUGUAUAUCCACCUUUAAUAUCAUGUCUAAAAUAUGUGGAUGAUAUGGCUUCUUAUUUCAAUGGCAUGCAGGGAGCGGGCAUACCUAUACCUCUGCACGCCACUGUUCGUUUUCCCAGCACUUUUCUUUGUACUGUGGGAAAUAUUUGAUGCAUGCCCAAACAGUAGCUGAAUUUGUUCAAAUUUUUUAUAAACUUCAAGAGUUGUGAUUUAUAUCAACGAAGAAUUUGUGGUUUGAAAGAACGUUAGCCAAAAAAGAGGAAAUAUUUCAAAAUAAUCGUAUUUACAGAUUUUUGAGAUUGGAAGAAACUUUCGUAUUUCGUUACACAUCACGUGUCCUGAAAUUAGCGACACGUCUGCCAAGAAGAAACAAUUAAAAUCAGGCAGGUAGCCGCAGUCUUGAGAAUUUGUUAAAACUGUGAAUUAUUGAGUGGAUUUCCUCUUUUGUUAGUAAAAAUAGAAAUAGAUUUAGAAAGAAUUAAUUGAGGGUGAAUGUGUGAUUUUUAUAAAUAUAUAUGACUAACGAACAUGGAACACAUAUUAUAUAUUAUUGUACACUGCUAUAUCACGACUUAUUAUUUAUAGGCAAAAUCACGAUAAUUUCAUUUUAUGCAAAUGUUUUCUUAAUAGUUUAUCAAAUGGCACUUUUUAAUUGCCACUUAUGUACUAACCACGUAAAUUGUGUUUUCAUAUUUCCUAAGCUAUGUUUUCAUUAUUUGUAUGACCUUAUUUGGUUUCAGUUAUUUAUUUGAAUAACGUAGAAAGUUGUUUCAAUGACACCAGUAAUCAUACAGGAAAUGCAAAGGAGACGGUUCUAUAACCAUAAGAUAGGUUGGGUGGCCGAAUGGUUUAUCAUGUGUGCCUUAGAUCAUAAGGUCUGUCAUUGAGUCAAGUAUCAGAUGGUUGGUAGACUUCUUUCCACCUUUUAGGUCGUAUUGGAAGUUUAUAAAAUUCAAUAAGUUAGCCAUAGUGUAUGUUUUAAUUACAUGCAAAAACAAUGCUGCUACUUUUAAGGUCAUUUUUGUUUUAACUUUUCCCUCUUCUAUUUCAAUGCUCAUUUAAAUUAUUAUAAUUUAUUAAAACAUAUAUUUGUGUAUUUAUUGUUAUUGAUUUUGUUCAUCUUUUUGUUGUUUUGUGAAGAAUGUAAACUAUAUCUUGUGAGAGUUAAUUAGAUUUCAUUUUUAGUCUCAUUCUACCAUACUCAGAAUAACUGAUCAAGACAGGGGGGCUGAGUGGGUUAAUGCAUGCGUUUUAGAUCAUAAGGUCUGUCAUUGCGUCAACUGGCAUGGUUUCAACCCCAGACUUGUACAUGACAAGGAGUAGGGUCGUCUGUCCAACCUCUAGGUUUUCUCCAGCCAGUACUUCUGGUUUCCUCCCAGUAUUAAAGACCCUUUUGUGCAAGCAAAUUAUUUAUAAAAAUUGGUACCAUAUAUUGGUCCCAAAAUGACCUAGUUUGUAUCGAAUGGACUAUAUAAACCCCAUUUCUAUCUUACUCCAUUUUCAUGAAGCAACGACCGUGACUUGAUGUUGCUACACUGCUUUGCAAUGCCCAAACUUAUAGCUACAUUAUAUAUCUUUAUGGCAGACACGUGAACAGUAGCCUUCAAUCAGAGUUUCUGACACAAACACACUCAAAUCAAACAUGGUGACCUCCAGGGAAACCUUGACAUUGUAUGAACCUUGAAAGUUGCAACCCGAUUAUCAAAGCUAGACAUUUUAGCUAGAAAGUGCAAGACUUAGUAUUUGCGAUAAUCAAAGUAUCUGAUAGGCUCUCAAGCUAAGUUAGUAGCCUACUCAUACGAAAUUAUUGCCGAAAUAUGUGGUGUAUUAUGUAAAGGGCUUAAUAGGAUGCACGCACAGAGAGUUAAAAUGAGAUGAAGCCUUCUAUUGAAGAUGGUCUUACUUUUGCAAAGGGAAACUGUGUAUUUUGGGCCAGACUUAAUAAUUUUGUAGUAUGUUUUAUCCAGUUAUUCUGAGUUUAUAAGUUGAAUGAGACUAUUUGUUUUUAUAUUCUAAUUAAUAAGUUUUGAAUUAUGUAUUCACAAGAUAUUAACGUUAAAGUAAACUUUCUCUCAUCUAUUUGGCAUGAUUGUUACUUUAUAAAUACCAUAGGAAACAUGAGAGAUGGUAUCAAAUGUUGUAGAAAUGGUAAGCAUAUGCUGCCUCAUUCACAACACCAGUUAGUACUUACAUAACUCAUCAUCAGGUAUAUAAGUAGGCUGACUAGCUUUGUGUAUCAUUUUGUUUAUCAACAUUUAUUAGUGCUAUUUAUUAUGCAUCAUCAUUUGUAAGUGAUAGCUUUGGUUGUCAUUUUGUGAUUGUUUUUGUAUAGAAAUUACUUCUGUUUUGUCCAGUAUAUGCUGAUUUUAUAAUACUACAUGACGUGAUCAUAGUAUAUUUUGUACUAGUUCCUUUCAGAAUGGUCUCUGAACGUACAGGUUCUUUUGACUGUUCCUGUCUGUCCUUAUAAGCUGCAAUAUGAUAUUACGGCUGCACCCCACCACUAUUCUAAGGUUUUAUUGGAGUCCAUAUAUUUUAUUUUUCAUCAUAAUUCGACUUGAAUAUAGUGUUGGAGAAAUGUGCCGAGAAAUGAUUCCUUUUGGCAAACAAAGAAGAAUUACGAUGAAAAAUAAAAAGUAAAGACUCCAAAACAGCGGCGUGGUGACCCAUGAUUUUGCAUUCAGAACAAGAUCCUGGCCAGGAGGGGGGAACGGAGAAGGGGUCCCUCCCAGUGCCACCAAGUAAUAAUGAGCUGUGCGGGACAUGCUAGAGUCGAUUUGUAGCAUAUCUGACCCACGGUAUAUGUUUGACACUGGUUGAGCAUUAUAAUUAUGAUGUAGAAAACUGCAUUGAAACCGCAUGAUUUUUGCCAUUUGCGAGGGGGCGCAAAAACUCAAAACCAUAAUGCAAAGCUCGUCAUUGCAUCCCUCUCACAUAGCCCCUACUUCAAAAUUCCGUUAGAACAGAUGUGGGGUAGGGCCGUAUUGUCAUUAAUUUCAUAAUGAAGGAUAAUAAGGACAUAUAAAAGCAGUCACAGAGGACUUUGUCCGUUCAGAGACCAUUUUGAAAGGAACUAAUUUUCGUAUGUAGUUGUAGUCAAGCUUUUACACCUGUAAUUGUGCAAUUAUUUAUUAAUGCAUGCUCAUUUCACCACUGAAGAGUCUCAAUCUCUUCUGUGUCUUUCUUCUGGAGAUUAUAUCACUGAUUAAAAUACAGAACUAACAUCAUCAUUUGAUGUUGCCAUACCAUUAUUUCAAAUAAUGGUACAGCUAGGCAAUAUGCCAAAUGUACAUUAUUUAUAAUAGAUGAAAUAUUGGACUCGCGUGACGAUUUCAUUGAAAAACAUGCGUCUGUAUUUUAAGUUGAUGGUCUUCAGCAGGUACGUCUUCACCAUUCAAUAUAUUACUUAAUAUCUAGCUCUCUGUCUCAACCAUACAUCACAUGCCCUACCAGUAUAUAUCAUUCUUGGCAUUUUAAAUCAAUUCAUUAUUUAGCUAGAUAUGUGAAUCUGUCCACCCCUUGUGUUAACUGUAUUUCAUGUGUCUUGAACAUAGGUUAGGAUAAAGUCUGGAAAUAAGACACCUGUCACAGACAUUGUCAGACACCCAUGCAGGUUUUGUCAGGCACAAUCCCUCUGUUACCUGUCAUUUUGUCAGGUACAACUAAGAUCCUUAUUUCCAGACCUGGUUCGAGUACAGGUAAGGUGGACAGAUAAUCUAUCAUUCGAAUUUCUCCCUUCUAUUAACCCUUUAGCACUUGGUACAUGUGAAAAUCGAGGACCCCAUUUCCUUGAUGAAAAUUAAUAAAUGUGAUAUAUUAUAUAUUAAUACCGGUACAUCCUUGAACAGAUUGAUACUGCUUGUUCCUUAAACCGCCCACCCAAGAGAUGUGACUGGCUUUCCUUAUUAUAUGACCAUUUAUUAGUUUGUGCAUCAUACUAAACUUGGGCUGCCUGUCUACAGUUAGCUUAUCUUGAGAACAGACACUAAGCUAGUUGACCAACAUUAUAAGUCCUAAGUGGUAAAGCACCAAGUUAUGUAUACUUUGAGAAUUUUGAGAAGAAUUGAAUAGGUUUAUUUAGACUUUGUGUGCAUGCCAGUUGUGAAACGGAGUAGAACCCCAUUACAAAACAAUAUACUAACUUUUCGAUAUGGUGUCAAUUCAGGAUAGAAAUUUCUUCACAAAGUAUAAAGCAGAUGGAUCUCUGUGGGCAGAAUGGUUCAUUCAUGCGCCAUAGACAUGCAUGUGAUAGGUCAGUUUGGGCCGGUCUAAGUGCUAAAGGUUUAAAGAAUUCUACCUGUUGAAGAAUAUCAAUAUCCUGUUGAAGAUGUUGUUUCUGUAUUAGUUUUAUUUUCUAUAUCUUACAAUUACCCAACAGUUGUUGAUGAUGUUCAAACUCUAUUAGUUUUAUUUACAACAUCUUACAAUAAAGCACCAAUUGUUUCAGAUAUUAUAAUAAACUGUACAUAUCUCAUAGUUAA